ACAAAGCAUUUAUAUACCACCCACACAUCACAUGCACCAUUGUCUAGUCACAUGAUGUUUAUUUUGAUUGUUUAUACAAGUAAAGUGUAGUUUGAACAGUUAACUAAACAUGUUUGGCCAAUUUUCUAGACCAUCACUCAGUGAGGGAGGUUACGACUACAAGUUCAUAGAAGAACCUGCAGACUCUCUCAAGUGUCUCAUCUGUCUGCUAGUAGUUAGGGAGCCACAACAACAUGGCGGCUGUGGGAAGCUAUUCUGUAAAGUGUAUAUUGACAAUCACAAGGUCUUCAGCAAUAACUGUCCACACUGUAGAAGAUCACUCUUGCAAAUGGGGCAAUCUACCAUUUUCCCCGACCUUAAAAGUGAGCGGGAAGUGAAGUCUCUGCUGGUUCAUUGUCCAACAGCCUGUGAAUGGAACGGAGAGCUUCGAUCACUAAAAGAUCACAUACAGAAAGUCUGUGAGAAUGCUAUAGUUACCUGCCCAAAUGGUUGUAGCAAUGGCAAAGCAACGAUGAUGCGAAAAAACGUUAAUUUUCAUAUCCUAACUAAAUGCCCGAAUCGACCAUAUUUGUGUACAAAAUGUCGGAAUGUAAUGGAGUUUAGGAAUGUCAAAAGCCAUGAACUAAACGAGUGCCCCAAGAGACAGUACACAUGCCCACACUGCAAUGAAGCUGGUGUGUAUGAUGAGAGAACUACUACACAUCUAGAAGUCUGUCCUAGAGUAGAAAUAAAAUGCAGAAAAUGCUCACUACAAAUCUCUCGUUGUGAUAAAUCUGACCAUCCUUUGUUCUGCCUGAAUGAACCAGUUCGCUGCACAUACUACAAUAUUGGCUGUGCAGAGAAGCCUCUAAGAAAAGAUGUAACUAAACACGAGAUGAAUGCUCAGCUUCACCUGUCACUAGCAACUAAAGAGGUCUUGAGGCUAAAUAAAAUACAACUUCGGAAAGAUGCAUUGACAUUCAGAAUGAGAAAGUUUGAACAAAACUUGGAAAAAAAAAGAUUUUAUAGCCCUCCCUUCCACACGUCAGGAGCAGGCUACAAGAUGUGUAUCCUAGUGUAUGCUAAUGGUCUUGGCGAUGGUGAGGGCACUCAUGUCACAGUUGCUGCCCAUCUCAUGAAGGGAGACAAUGAUGACUCCCUGUCCUGGCCGUUCACUGGGAGGGUCACAGUCGAGCUACUCAACCAACUGGAGGACAAGAACCAUUAUAAGGACACAACUACAUUCCCAGCAGACGGUGUGUACAGUCAGAGAGUGGUGGAUGGUGAGAGAGGGGAAGGAUGGGGCUGGCGUAAAUUCAUCUCCCACGCUGACCUCGCUCACAAGCCUCUUACAAACACUCAGUACCUCAAAGACGACACUCUAAUAUUUCGAGUAUCUGCAGAAGCUCACAAGCCAUGGCUGGAGUGUACCAACUGAUCGUAGGACAGUUAAAGUUUUGGCAAUUUAAUGAUGUUAUAUAAUAAUAAUUAUUGCCUAUAAUUUAUCACACAUGUACCAGUACAUUAUUACACUUCAUUCAUACAUUAUGGGCUAUAACUUGAACAUCACU